AUGGGUGUGAACGGCCUCUGGACCGUGAUUCAACCCUGCGCGCGACCGACCAACCUCGCGACCCUGAACCGCAAGCGCCUCGCUGUCGAUGCCUCGAUCUGGAUUUACCAGUUCCUCAAAGCGGUGCGCGACAAGGAGGGCAAUGCGCUGCGCAACUCCCAUGUCGUCGGCUUCUUCCGCCGCAUAUGCAAGCUGCUGUGGUUCGGCAUCCGACCCGUCUUUGUCUUUGACGGCGGCGCACCUGCCCUCAAGCGCCAGACCAUUACCUCGCGCAAGCAGAGGAGGGAGGGCAGGAGGGAAGAUGCCGUGCGCACAGCGGGCAAGCUGCUCGCCGUGCAGAUGCAGCGCAUCGCCGAGGAGGAGGGCGAUAAGCGUAAAAGGCAACGCGAGCUUGAGAAGCAGGGCGGCGAGAGACCCGAGGUCGUCGAGCCCACCGAGGAGAUUCCAGAUGCCGACAAGCUCGUCUACGUAGACGAGCUCGGGAUGAGCCAGCAGGAGCGUCAGAAAAACAGAAAGUUCUUCAAACAGGAUGCUUACCACUUACCGGACAUGCACACGAGCAUUGAAGGCAUGGGAAAGCCCGACGACCCACGUAUAAUGAGCAUUGCCGAGCUUGAGGAAUAUGCUAGACAGUUCAACAGCGGCGAGGACAUUAACCUGUACGACUUUAGCAAGAUCGACUUUGAUGGCGAGUUUUUCAAGAGUCUACCUCCCGCUGAUCGGUACAAUAUUUUGAAUGCGGCACGAGUACGCAGCAGACUUCGAAUGGGUCUCAGCAAGGAGCAACUGGAAGAGAUGUUUCCAAACCGAAUGGAUUUCUCAAGAUUCCAGAUUGAGAGAGUUCAGGAGAGAAAUCGCCUAACGCAACGCUUGAUGAAGGAAGCUGGAAUGACAGGCCUGGACCUCACAAUCAAUGGAGCCGCUCGUAUUGCUGGUGAAAAGGACCGUGAAUAUAUCCUAGUCAAGAACGACGGUGUCGAGGGAGGAUGGGCAUUGGGCGUCGUGAGCAAGGAGAAGGAUGUAGGACAGAUGCACAAACCCAUUGAUGUCGAUGCCCUAGAAUUCCAGUAUCAGAAAAAGGAGGACGAAGACGAGUGGGAAGACGAGGAUGAUUUUGAGGAUGUGCCUAUUGAGGGCGUGAACCGACUGCCUAAAAUACCAUCUCACGUACGCGAGGCUGCCGAAAGGCGACAACAACUAUAUGAUUCAAGGCGAGAAGAGAAUGGUCUCGAGGUCCCGCUAGAGGAUGAGGAUGAAGAUUCUCUAUUUGUUCAAGACCCCUCCAAAUCGAUCGAUAGUCUUUUCGAGGCUGACGAAGAAGAGGACCUUGAUCGCGCCAUUGCAAUGUCCAUGAAGAGUCAACAUCAUGUCGAGUCUUCUCAGGAAGAGGGCGAAGAUGAGGAAUUCGAAGAUGUGCCGGCACCGGUCUGGAAACAGAAAGCUGUGGAUCAGGCCAAGCCUGUGACUGCUGCAAGUGGAAGUAUGAUUGCACACAUUGUCAACAACCGGGCGAAUGCCUCAAUUAGAAAGCGGCGACGAAGUGAAAGCGUCGAAAGCGAUGACGAGAUGGAUUUGAGCGUGGCACUUUCCAAGGCGAAGAAGAAGAAGACGAUGCGCCCGACGAAGCCAGUGGCUGCGCCAAUGUUUCUCAGUAAACCGAAUCCAUUUGGUGGCCCAUUGCCAUUCGAAAAGCUGGUGUGGAAGUCUAGUAUAUUCGCGAAGAAACCAGAGCCGGGGAAGUCGAACACUGAUGGCACAGCGCCUCGUGAAACAUUGGAUGAUGAACUAGCUGGCGGUUUCGUCGCCGAUGAUGAUAUGGCUGGAGGAUUUGAAAGAGAUGAAGAACAUGAAGAAAUGGACAAUGAAGCGCCUCGUCCCCUGCCACCUUGGAUGGAGCAGGAGGAUACUGAUAUUCGUGAAUCUAUGAAGACACAGAGAGCGCGAGAAAAGGAGAUCAACGAAGAAGAUCGCGAGGCAGCUCUGGAAGCAGAGAAACGACGACAAAAGGAAGCAAUCAUUGAAAUUGAGUCCGAUGAGGACGAUAGCGACGUCGAGGUUCUCGAUGCUCCACCUCCGCAGCCACCAACAGCACAAGAGAAGCCAAGGUUGUCGCCAGCCACCUUGACGCGCGUUGAUCCACCGGUGCCAGACCCUAAGGCUCUAAAGGACGGCGAAUUGUUACCUGUCAAUGAAUCUGAUAGUAAAGCUGUUCAUGAUGUCGAAAAAGCGUCUCCGCCAAGGAGUCAAAGGAAAACUCCAUCGCGUCAAGCAUCCUCGUCUCCAGAACCUGAUUUUGAAUUUGAGGAAGUCGAUAUCCUGGGUCCUCAAGACACAGCAACAGAAGCCAGUAAUGAACAAGUCGAAAGUCCAGAGCCAGAAUUCGAGGAAGUUGAUGUUGCAGUUCCGGCCGAGGAUCCGAUUGCAACGGAAAAGGUUGCCACGGAGCCAACCACUCAUGAUGUGACUUCAACUACGGAAAUCGCUGGUACCUCUGCCAAGGUUGUUGUUGACGAGAAUGGCGACAUGUUUAUUGAAGACAAUGAAGUUGAGGAAGAGGAGUAUAGUGACCCAGAAGACAAAGAGCUCCUUGCCCAGCUCGCAGAGGAAGCAGAAGAGCAUGCGCGUUUUGCGAGCCAGCUCAACAACAAAUCUGAAAAGGAAAACAUUGAAGCCUAUGAGCGAGAGCUGAAAGCGCUACGAACACAGCAGAAGAAGGACCGGCGAGAUGCAGAUGAAGUCACGCAAGUCAUGAUUACCGAAUGCCAAGCGCUACUGCGCUUCUUUGGCAUUCCUUACAUCACAGCACCAAUGGAAGCCGAAGCGCAGUGUGCUGAGCUGGUGCGACUCGGGCUGGUCGAUGGAAUCGUGACUGACGAUUCCGAUAUCUUCCUUUUCGGCGGAACGCGAGUUUACAAGAACAUGUUCAACAGCAACAAGUUCGUCGAAUGCUAUCUGGGGAAUGAUCUCGAGAAGGAGCUAUCUUUAUCGCGAGAACAACUUAUUGCUCUGGCGCAGCUGCUCGGCUCUGAUUAUACGGAGGGACUUCCGGGAGUUGGUCCUGUGACGGCAGUGGAGAUUCUAUCCGAGUUCCCUGGUAUCCAAGGCCUCGAGGCUUUUCGUGACUGGUGGAAAGAGGUGCAGCUUGAGAGUCGUCCUAAGGAAGCCGACGCUGGCUCUCCGUUCCGUAAGAAGUUUCGAAAGUCUCAAGCCACGAAGCUUUUUCUGCCAUUGGGCUUCCCCAACCCGGCCGUUUUUGAGGCCUACAUCAAACCCGAAGUUGAUAGCAAUCCCGAGCAAUUUCAAUGGGGUGUGCCCGACGUUGAAGGGCUACGCCGAUUUCUCAUGUCGACCAUUGGCUGGAGCCCGGAACGUACCGAUGAGGUUCUCGUCCCCGUGAUACGGGACAUGAAUCGACGGGACGCCGAGGGCACACAGAGCAAUAUCACCAGAUUUUUCGAAGGCAGCGUCGGUGUUGGUGCCAAAGAGGCUUUUGCACCAAGACAGAGAACUCAGACGAGUAAGCGCAUGGUGAAUGCAGUAAACAAGUUGCGCGCCAAUGUUUCCGUGGAUGGACAAAGCCUUGAAGCGCCUGUAGAGGUAGGCCAGGGCACUCCUGCUAGUGGCCGUAAACGAAAACAGCGAAACAAUGCCGCCACAGCAGAGGAUGAUGGUGGUGAGGAUGGGACGGCGGUUGAAAAUGAUGAUAUUGAUGACGAUUACGAAGAUGGUACUGGCACAGGCCCGGCGAAAUCAAAGAGGACUGGGAGAAGUCGAAAGACCAAGACAUAG